AAAAAAAGUAAAAGUUAAGAGUGAAAGUAGUCCAUAGCCUCGAGAAGUGUAAAGUUACUCGUAACACUGAACAGAGCUCAACUCGAUUUGGGGCUUCAACCUCAACAAUCAUCCUCCAUUGCCGGAAUAUGAGUGCUCCACUCCUUUAUCUCAUCUUCUCAACCCUCAUCUCCCUUUACAUCUUCCAUUUUCAAGCUCAUGCCGCCCCUGCCGCUCCGGUGAUUAAGCAAUUAUCUUCAAUUCUCAAGUGGACAGCUAGAUCUUCCUCAAAAUCAUCAUUAUCAGAUGGUGGGAAUAUUCUUCAGUUUGAAGAUGGUUAUUUAGUGGAAACAGUUGUGGAAGGGAAUCAGUUAGGGGUUAUACCCUAUUCCAUUCGAGUGUCGCAGGAUGGUGAGCUAUUUGCUGUUGAUUCUGUUAAUAGCAACAUUGUUCGGAUCACUCCACCGUUGUCUCAAUACAGUAGGGCAAGAUUAAUUGCAGGAUCAUUCCAGGGUUACACGGGGCACGUAGAUGGAAAACCGAACGACGCUCGUUUCGAUCAUCCAAAAGGGGUUACUAUGGAUGAUAAAGGAAACGUUUAUGUCGCCGACACCACAAAUCUUGCCAUCAGAAAGAUCGGUGAAUCAGGUGUGACGACAAUUGCGGGAGGAAAAUCAAGUGUAGCGGGGUACAGGGAUGGCCCGAGUGAGGAUGCACAGUUUUCGUCUGAUUUUGAUGUGAUUUAUGUGAGACCGACAUGUUCGUUACUAGUUGUUGAUCGAGGAAACGCUGCUCUUAGACAAAUAUCUCUCAAUCAGGAAGAUUGCGAUUUUCAUGAUAGCGCUGUUUCUUCCAUAGAUCUCGUUUUGGUAAUCGGUGCCAUCUUGAUAGGAUACCUCGUAUGCGUGCUUCAACAAGGAUACGGUUCAUCAUAUUUCACGAAACCGGAUAAGGUGGAGAGUGAUACUAAAAGACCAAACAAGGAAACGUUGACUAAAAGUCAAACUGUCGAAACCGUUAAAGAAGAACAAGAAGCAGGAUGGCCAUCUUUUAGUCAGCUUGUUUUGGAUUUAUCGAAACUCGUUCUCGAAGGAUUCGGUAACAUUUUUGUUUCUUUCAACCCGUUCAAAAAACAAGGCCUCACUCCGUUAAAAGACCGUCUCGUAAUGCCUGAAGACGAGCCCGUUCCUCAGCCCGCAUUAGCCCAAAAACACAGAACUCCAACGCCACUUUCCGAAACCCGUCACGCCCACAACCCGAAUGAAAAAUACGCUGAAACAACAAAGCCCGUUAAGCUCAGAUCGUCUAGCGUAAAAGAUCCAAACAAGCAUAGAGUUUCUAAACGAGAAGAGUACGCUGAGUUUUAUGGAGCUAAUGGUGAGGUUACUCAUGUUCGGUCCAAAAGCCAAAAAGAAAGAACGAAACAUCGGGUUAAGGAGAAACGAAGCGAAGCGGUGCAUGGAGAGCAAAAGCCCGUUGACUUAAAACCGGUCAACUACGACGACCCUAAGUUUAGCUAUAUGAGAAACAAGUUUGGCGAUUCGUAUCGUUACACUUAAAAGUUGUAAAAGAAGCUUUUGUAUUAUUUGUAAUACAUUAUCAAAACAUUAUCAAACAAGGUGUUAACAUAAGUAUUGAGAUAUUUGUUUCAUA